GAAUAUGGCAGCUUUUGCAAACGUGCAUGGAUGACCUCUAUGAACAAUUGUGUUUCUCCCGUCUUUUUUUAGAGCCCCCAGACACACGCCAGCCACAAUGAGGCCAUCCCUCGCCACUUUCCUGCUAUCGGGCGUGCUCGCCAGCUCCGCGGUGCCGUCAACCUGGGACGGUGAGUGCUUCUACCCGGCCGCAGACAUUGGCUUCGAGCUAGACUCGUACCUGGGCCGCUGGUAUCAGGUUGCAGGGACGAUAGCACCCUUCACGGCCGGGUGCAAGUGCAUUUUUGCCGAGUACCAGCUCAAUGAUAACGGAACAGUGCAGGUGAACAACACAUGCGAGGCCCAGGGAGCGCCCGUCAACAUCCUCGGGAGCGCCGCGCCGGCGCAUCCGUCCUACGGGGCCGCUGGUGUCUUCCGCGUGCAGUUCCCUGGACAGCCUGGCCCCUCCUGCCACGGCCCCAACUACAUCGUUCAAGACUAUACCGGGGACGUUGCAAUCGUGCAGUCCAACAAUUUCAGCACCCUCUUCGUGCUCAGCCGCGAGCAGAGGCCACCGGCCGCCGUUCUUGAUGCAUGGAUCGAGCGCGCAGGCCUGCUCGGGUCUGAUUUGAAGCAGGUUGUCAAGACUGACCAGGAGGGCUGCGCCUUUACUUGA